AUGAGCUCCUCACUGGCCCAGCGACUAGUUGGCUCACACCACUGUUGCCGUUCCGCUUCUCGGUGGGCGUGCUCGUACCAGCACGUCGCUUUCUCGUCGGUUUCCACCCCUUUGCCAGGGGCGCUACCACGACCGCCAACUGUGGAUGUCAUUUGCGACCCCUAUACCAGUGUAAAUAUGAAGCUGACGCCCAUCCUCAGCCUUCUGCUGAUUCUUUCUUUUCUUUGA